GUCCAAGAGAGGAGGUAUAAAUUAGCAGAGACAGAGUGGGUGUGGGAAGAAGAAAAGGGUGAGUAGAGGGUUUUUUGGGGGCAAAGAGCAUACAUUCAGAUCAUUGACCGGAAGAUAAAGGUCAGGCAGGUAGGAUAAUUAACAGAUAAGGAGAGGGACGAACUCCGGGAUCCGGAAGAGACCUGUCGCCCCCGGGGCCCGGAAAAUGCCACGAGCCUCUGAGCAGGAUGAAGCUGACGAGCUGUAUCAGAACAACUCCAUGUCUUGGCUGGCAUGCGGCGCUCUCUCACUCCUCGCCAACGGCUGGAGCAUCCUUAGCCUGGCAAGCCGCGGAGGCAGCGGUCAGCGCCCUCGACCCCUGGAGCUUCUCCUCUGCCUUCUGGCCGGGACACAUUUACUCAUGGCAGCUGUGCCGCUGUCUUUGUUCUCGGUGGUUCAGCUGAGACGGAGACACUCGCCGGGGUAUGAAUGGAACGAGGGUCUCUGCAAGGUCUUUGUGUCCACGUAUUACACCCUGGCAUUGUCCACGUGCCUGACUGUGGCCUGCCUCUCCUAUCACAGGAUGUGGAUGGUACGUUGGCCAGUCAGCUACCGGCUCGGAGGUGCUCGAAGACAAGCACUGCAGGGGGCGCUGGGCAUCUGGGCGGCCUCCUUCGUGUUAUCCACGCUGCCCUCCAUCGGGUGGCAUGACAACGCACGCCGAUUCUACACACGCGGAUGCCACUUCCUAGCCAGCCGCAUUGGCUUGGGUUUCGGACUCUGUUUCCAACUUCUGCUGUUGGGAGGGGUGGGCACCGGUCUUGGAUGUCUGGGGGUGACUUUAUACCAUGCCUGCUGCUGCCCGGCAGAUAGAGGAGGAACAGGAGAGGGGGGAGCGGAGGGUAAGCUGGAGGUCCCAGCCAUCGUGGUGCAGGACGCCCAAGGAAAGAGACGCUCAUCACUGGAUGGGUCAGAAUCCCCUCGGACCGCGGCGCAGGUCACCGGGCUGGUUGGGGGCAUUGUCCUGCUGUAUGACGCUCUUACUGGGCUUCCAAUUCUGGUGGUCAGUUUCGUCAGCCUGCGGUAUGACAGCGCCCCCCCAUGGAUGGUGCUUUGUGUGCUGUGGUGCUCCAUGGCGCAGACGCUCCUUCUGCCAUCGUUCAUCUGGUCCUGCGCUCGAUACCGCGCUGACCUGCGCACGGUGUGGGAACAUUGCGCCUCCAUGCUGUCCGACAGCGGGGUGGAUGAUGACAGCGGCCGGGAGGAUUUCGCAGACGGACGACUACGCGAGGUUCGGUUUGAUGCUAAUGGAGCCACCAUAAAGAGACCUCCUCACUAUCUGAGCAGCGAUAUGAGGGAUGGGAAAUACAUGCCGGUUCGACACGUACUUCUGCCAACGGAUCGGAGCCAAUAUCUCCAGGUCCAUCGGCACCAGGUUCCUCUGUCCCGGAGAAUGUCACAUGAUGAAAUCGACAUGUUCCCCCCUCGUUCCUCUCCGCUCCUGAUCAGGUGGUCUUCCUCAGAUGAUGUUCGAGGGGGGAAUGGAUCGGCCCGGGGAGGCUGUCCUUCUAGUCCCCGCCGUGGACACGACUAUCAUCAGUGGAAUCGACACUCAGCUCCCCGGGUAGAGGGAGAUGACGGCCUCACCUCUCUCCAGCAGUUUUUGGCAGGGGGCUUAGGCGGUCCUGCGGGAUUUGGGGCAGGAGGCCACAAUUCAUUCUUUCGGGAUGAGAUCACAGCAUUUAUUGAUGACACUCCCUGCCCGUCGCCUGUCGGGACCCCUCAUAAAGUGCGUACUGCACCCCGACCCUCCCCCCUCCCAAGGAGGGGGCUAGAAGGAGGGGUGGCUUGGGGAGUUGUCGGGGAGCGACGCCUGUCCCUAUGUAAUGCCCCGCAUGGGGCACCAGAAUCCCGAAGAGCUUCACUCUCUGAAAAGGGUUCUAGAGGGGGCUCUUAACAUAGCGAAGGGGGCCACGAACCAGGGAGAGAGACCCCCCGAUACAUAAGGCUCCCACAAGCUGAACAAAGAAGCUGCACUGGGUGCGCCCCCCCAUCCAACGAUUACCUUGUUCUCAGGCAAAACUCCUGUUUGUGGGGGGCAGAGGGCUUUGCCAGGGCCCUAACCUACCCUGCUUUACGCUGCCCAUCACGGCCCUUUGCCCCUUACACGCACAACAAAUACACUGGAAAAUGAGCCAAAAGACGACAAAAUAAAUAAAUUGUGACUUGAAUAAAAAAAAA